GGUUUUUGUUUUCUUCUCACACAACAUAUAAACCAAUUUCGAUCAUCCCAUGACCAUCUUUGAUCCCAAAUUCAAAACUUUCACACAAAUUUUAGAUUUUUAUCAGUUAAUUCACACAAUUUCUGGGUUUUGUCUGUUUAUUCCGGGACGGUGAAAUUAAAUCGAAGCAGAUGUGUUAUUUACUCAAAACAAAGGAUGCACACAAGUUGUUCGACAGAAUUCCUCAAUGGAGAUAUCGAAGAAGAGUUGUUCGAAAAAGAAGACACCACGAUUUGGGUUUCUCUUCUCACGUGAUAAAAGCUUCAACAACUCUGUUACGUGGAUCACACGUGAUUAAAGCUUCAUCUUUGUCGUUAUUAUCAUCUCCAUUGAUUUUUCAAAACUUCGCAAACAAGUUUCUAUCUGAAUCAAAAACCCUAGAGAGUGGACACCAAGAAAUCGCAAGAAGCUUGAGAAGAAUUACUCUUUCGUCAACAUGGCGCCUCUUCUUCCUCUUUUAGUCGAAGAUCCUGAGGUCGCAAAAAUCAAGAAACUUGUCCAAGAUUACUUCGCUCAAGGAAAUCACAUCAAGGCAUUGGAGGUAAUCGAAGAUUCGAUAUCAGUCCGUGGGAAGGAAAAGGUUCCAGGAAUGGUUCAUUACCUACAAGGUUCUUUCUUCUAUGAACAAGGAACUAAAACAGAGAACAGUGACAUGAAAUUCCCAUUCUUGUUGGCUUCUGUAGAAUGCUUCUCGCAAGAUUUGGGGGUACACGCUUACUCUGCAAUUGCACUUUUAGAAUUAGGUAAACUGAUUGGCUCAGUAUCAUUUUACAGGAAAGCUUUAAACAAUGCAAAAGAAGGUUUAUCUUUUAUUGCUUCUUUUGGUGGUUUGAGGUUGAGAGAGGAACAUACCAAAAGUAAUCUUGAGAAUGUAGUCCUAGUCGCAGAGUCAAUGAUCCCAAAACUUCAAGGCAGAGUAAGGAGUGACUCGGAUACGGCUGCGGCAGAGUCAAUGAUCCAAGCGGCAGACACAAUGGUGUUACUGCAAAAAAAGUCUGAACCAAAACUUAGGGAGUCAAAGAACAUUCGAGACAGUAUAAGGAGUGACCCGGAUACGGCUGCGGGUAAAAGAUUGAGGUCGUAUUGGGCGAGUAUGGAUGUUGAGAGUAAAAGGAACUUCAUGAAAAUAAGCAUUGAAAAACUAAAAGCUUAUGUCGAGAGAUUACAUGGCAGAGAGGGACUUGAUGCUUUGGAGCAAGUUCUUGAUUCUGCAAAGAUAAACAGAAAAUGGAAAUUUUGGAUGUGUCGAUCUUGUUCACAGAAGUUCUAUUAUCCUAAAAAGUUUAAGAGUCAUCUUGAACAAGAACAUGCUGCAAAAUUUAAACCUUCUACGAAAAAGCAUAUGGCGCAGAUGGUAGACGAAGUCUGGGCUGGUAUGAUAUCGGUUGCAGAUUGGGAACCUGUUGAUGCAGUAGCUGCCGCUGAAAUGAUCAAGACUCAGCUCGAAUUUGUGAAAGAGUUUGUAUAUGAGAAUGGAUGGUCGAAAAACUGGCCUUUAGCUGCGGAUGAAGAACGCAGUAAGUUACUCAAAGAAAUCCAGUUGCUCCUUGUGUCGUUUCGGGAGCAUAAAAUUCUCUCUUGUAGCAUUCGGGAUUGGAUGAUGCAGUUUACGGUUAAGCAUCUUGCACAGUUAGAAAUUUCUGAGCAUACUCUUACUGGGCGCCGCUUAGUGGAAACACCUCAGAGUAUUUGCUUUUUGGAAUGUCAUGAACUCAAUCAAAUCCUAUACCUUCUCAAACGCAUUAACUGUGAAAGGGUUGAUGGUACAGAAUUGGUUUCCAAGGCAACAGACAGUUUAUGUGGUCGUUUGCGAGUUAAAGAAAAGAUCGAGUUUGACCAUGAGUUUUCAUUUAUGCUUCUGGAUAAAAGACUGCUGAGAGGCAAGAUUGCUUCAUUUGAUGAUGAAGGGAUUAUAGAUGUUUUUGAUCAGAGUGUUCACUACACUAAGACGCAUCCUCAGGGCGAUGAUAUCAUAACCUGGUUACUUGACUACCCUUUGCUAGAUGAGAGCUUUGAAUUUCCCAGAUCUAUCAGGGCACACAAUCUUGAAAUAUGGGUGGCUGUUCUGAGAGUCAUUCACUUCACGUGUACGACUUUAGGAACCAAAUAUGCAAAGAAGUUGCAGAUCCUAAGUUAUGAUGCAGCACUUGCUGACGCCAAAAACUUAUGUAUACUCGAAGAUAAAAGGAGAAAAAAUGUUCCAGAAGAUCAAUGGAACACAUAUGCAUCUCUUCUGUGCGAUAAAUGUGACAAGCGUUUAGAAAUAGACGGCGGAGAUUCUCACACUACAAAACUAUGCCUAUGUGCAGUACGAGAUAUUCUUGAAGGAGCAUCACAUCCGGCAUUUGAAUUCUCCGAUCUAGAAGAUUGCCUGACUCUUAUACGUGGGCAUAAAAAUCUCAAUGAUGACAUAGUGUUGAAGUCCAUAGACCUUCUGAAAUCAGUGGUCACCAACAAGGUUCCGGUAGCUGAUUCAAAGAUUUUGCUGGUUGAGAAUUCAAGGAUUAUUUUGCUAAACGACCUCGUCAGGCUUUCUGUUUUUGACUACCGCUCGUAUAUCCUUCACCUGCUGAAACGUUUCCUACGGGAUGAGUUGGAUCGAAUUGUUGAUAUGGAUGCCAAAACCAAGUUCGCUGCAGCACAAGCCGAACAUUUAUUCGAGGAAAAACAAGAGAAGGUGAAGAAGUCAGGGUCAAAUAAGAAGAAAAAUAAAACCAACAAGAGAACUUCAGCGAGCAUGUCGAGUCGUAUUGAUCAGGAUGACGUACACGAAUCUUCUGUCAGCCUUGAACAGGAAGUUACUCCUCCAUCACCAAAAUCAAGGGAAGAAGAUUCUACGGAACCAGAAGGUACUCUUUCAAGUGAAAGGGGUCGAUUCGAAAUUUCAUCCAACACUAAAAGUCAAGACGAAGCUACUAAAGAUAUGAAAAACAUGCCUGGAGAAGAUUUACUAUCUGAAAAUUUGGAGUCAUCACAUAAAGAAGCAACGAGAUACAAUUCGGCUCUUGACAUGACCCUAAAGGCCCUCUUGAACAUCAAGGUUCUUGAAGAGGAUUUGGUGCACAAUCGGCAACCAUUUCACGGAAACCUGGAACAAGUUCCUUGUGCACUAAAAGAUUUCUUUUCUGCUGUUGUCUCGGAGCAGAUAAAAGAAGAUGGACUCUACAGUUACCUACUGAGCAACUUACUUGCUUCGCUAGAAGAAGUUCAUUCCCUGUCAAGUGAUGCUGAUGAGGUAGUCGUCGCCAUCCUUGAGUUUUGGCAUUGGUGGAAAAGUCCAGAAAAAGAAAGCUUGGUAACUCGCCUUUUUACGUUGGAGGAAUAUGAAAGAAUAAGUUGUACAAGAUGCAGAAGGAAGCCAAAUUAUCCAGAGCAAAGUUCUUAUGGAAUUGUUAUGGCUGCAAAUUCAAUUAGAAACCUAAAGUGUGCUUUUGCGAAUAUGAAGUUUGAGGACAUCCUUAAGGUGAUCCGUAUGGAAGAUGAGAUGAUAUGUGAUGCUAAAACAGGAGGAUGUGGAAAGAUAAACUCUGUUCACCACAUUAUAAGUAGAUGCCCGCCUAUCUUCACAAUUGUGUUGGAAUGGGAGAAGAAUGAAACUGAAACAGAAAUAUCUGAAACACUUAAGGCUUUGGACUGGGAGAUAGAUAUCAGCAGGCUAUACGAAGGCUUAGAACCAAACACUAACUACCGGCUUGUGUCAGUGAUUGGUUGUGGUGAAGAAGGAGAACACAUCUGCAUGGCUUAUAAAAGGAACCGGUGGGUCAGCCUCAGACAUGAAACUUUAGGAGAAGAAGGUGUUGGUAACUGGAAGAGUGUGGUCAGAAUCUGUGGAGAAAGGAAGGUUCGUCCAGAGAUUCUAUUCUAUGAAGCUGCUUGAUCGUCGAUCGAUGACAUAAAUAGUGUGACAUAGUUAUAUCAAUAUGGACACCUACCAUUCAUCUAUAAACAGUGACAUGUUAAUAUGAUGCUUGAGAAAGAGUAACAUAGAAUUAGUGACUUUGAAACCAAUUGGGUUAG